CACACUCUUGAUUUCUAGUAACAAGAGAGAAAAAAUGAAGAGAGCCUCAACUAACUUUAUGUCCUUUUUCCCUCUUUAUACUCUUCUUCUUUCAUGUUUUUUUCUCAAACUCACUCAAUCCUUUACUCAAAUGAACGUUGAAGUUGAUGAUUUGGUGGAUGAUAUAUGCAAAAAGACACCAAAUUCUGAUCUAUGCAGUUCAAUCCUACAUUCCAAUCCUCAAGCCAACACAACUGAUGCAAAGGGUAUAGCCGCAAUAAUGGUCAAUGACAUUCUAGAAAAUGCCACCAACACAUUGAAUUAUAUUCAAGUUCUUGUCAACCAAACCAAAGAUAUUGAAUUGCAAAGAAAAUUUUCUAUUUGUGCUGAGACAUAUAUUCCAUUAGUGAAAACCGUACUUCCACAAGCAAUUGAUUCUAUAAACCAAAAUAAAUAUGGUUUGGCUGCUUACUCAAUGGUUUAUGUUGGAAAGGAAAUUGACUCUUGUAACAAGAAAUUCUCAGGCUCAACUACUUCACCUUUAGGUGAUAGGACUGACAUUCUACAUAAGUUGCUUGAUAUUGCUGCAGCCAUACUUAAGCAAUUAAUAAGUGGCUGAUUUCUUUAU